AUGGCAAUCAAAAACACAGCAUUCGACCUGCAGACAUGCGCGCGACCCAACAUUCUCGCGUUGGAGCCGUACCGAUGCGCGCGCGAUGACUACAAAGACGACGGAACCAACAUUCUCCUCGACGCGAAUGAGAACGCGUACGGGCCGGGCCUUUCAUUGACGGGAGAGAUAAAAUCAAAAGUCAAUGGCGCAUCCGACUCAUCGUAUGCGAUUGACAUUGAUUUACUUGGUCUGAACCGCUACCCAGAUCCCCACCAAGAAGAACUCAAGCAGCUGCUCUGCAAUCUCCGAAACACGCAAACGCACACAUCGAAGAAGAUCACACCGGCCAACCUGUUUGUUGGCGUGGGCUCGGACGAAGCUAUCGACGCGCUGAUCCGCGCCUUUUGCAUUCCGGGCAAAGAAAAGAUCCUCACAUGUCCACCCACAUAUGGCAUGUACAGCGUAUCGGCGCAAGUCAACGACGUGUCGCUUGUCAAGGUGCCCCUGCAAACACCCAGCUUCGACCUCGAUGUACCCGCGAUUCUCGAUGCGCUGGACCAAGACAAGAAUAUCAAGCUAGCAUACCUGUGUUCACCGGGGAACCCAACAGGCAAGCUGUUGAAAAAGGAAGACGUCCAGCGUGUCCUAGAGCAUCAAUGGAACGGUGUCGUAGUGCUGGACGAGGCAUACAUUGACUUCUCGCCUGAUGGCACCAGCCUGGCAGAAUGGGUAUCUGAAUGGCCGAACCUUGUGGUCAUGCAGACGCUCUCCAAAGCCUUUGGCCUCGCCGGCAUCCGUCUGGGCGCUGCAUUUGCCGACCCGGCAAUCGCUCAGAUCCUAAACAACAUGAAGGCGCCAUACAACAUUCCUAAUCCCACCAGUCAACUUGCACGUGCUGCUCUAUCACCCAAACAUCUAGAUGUCAUGCACAAGAAUCGCAAUGCGAUUGUCGAGCAGCGCGAUCGUAUGAUUCGCGAAUUGCCAAAGAUUGCGGGCGUUGGUCCUCUGCACGGCGGCACAGAGUCGAAUUUCCUGCUCUACCAGAUUCUCGAUGCGCCUGCGGACCAGGGUGGCAAGCCGUCAAAUGAGACUGCGCUGGCGGUGUACGAGGGGCUGGCAGAGGAAAAGGGUGUGGUGGUUAGGUUUAGAGGCAAGGAGCAUGGCUGCUUGGGAUGCCUAAGGAUAACGGUGGGUACGGAGAAGGAAGUGGAUCGGUUUUUGCAAGAGCUUCAGGCUGUUUUGAAAGCGAUCCAUCAAAGAACGGGCAAGUUGGGAGGCAAGGAUGAGGAGCGGAGAGAGCAGGAGGCGAGUGACGUUGUGGCAUAA